UCCUGACGCGAGCUGGUCCCGGGAAGCUCUGGCGCGAAGGUCAUCGGGAAGCGACGCCAGCACUGAAUUGGAGGAGGUAGUCAGUGCUUGUCCCGCCAGCCCGCCGAGAGGACCAGCAGCUCCCUCUCCUCCGCAAGACCACUCGCCUCACCACGAACACGAUCAUCAUUGCCAGUAUGAGAGUGAAUCUUUAGCGCCAUCUAGUGAGUAAACGUGCAGGAAGUGAGAACUGAGGCGCCAAAGGAGUGUUCGUGUGUGUUUGUGUGACGAACUUGAUCUGUGUCACGCCUGCCUGCGUCGCUGCUGCCACAGGAGAAGUGAACGCCGUCAGGACACGUCACCAUGAAGAGCGAGUGGUCACAAGCCAUCGAGCCGCCCUCCCCGGGGCCGCUGAAGGCUCAAGUCCUCGACUCCUACAGCAAGCAAGGCGAUAGGUGUGAGGAGGGAAGACCCGCCGAGGCCCCGCCCGCCUCAGCUGCCGCCUCCUCCUCCUCCUCCUCUUCCUCUUGUUGCUUCUGCAAGGGCCCGUGCAGCCGCUCCCUGCGCCACAUCAUGGGCUGCUUCCUGAAGAAGUUCGACAACUUCCUGAACCGUACAUUCUACCGCCUGGGCUACUUCAUAGCAUGCCACUUCGGUUACUUCAUCAUCGUGCCCAUCUUCAUGACGGCCAUCUUGGCCACGGGCUUCCAGAACAUCCGCUACGAAGAUGAUCCCGAGUACCUUUUCUCACCCACCACGGGAUUCGCUAGACGGGAGCGCGCCAUCAUCGAGGAAAACUUCUUCCUUAACUUCAGCUCAGACUUCCACCCAUCCCGCAUGACGCGCCUGGGUAGGUUUGCGCGCCUCAUCAUCAUGGCGCGGGACGAGGGCACCAUCUUGCGCACCGACGUGUGGGAGGAUAUCAAGAAGCUGGACAAUCUGGUGCAGUCUGUGUCCCUAGAGAAGGACGGCCGCACGCUGACCUUCAAGGACGUGUGCGCCAUCUGGGACAAGAAGUGCUACGAGAACACCGUGCUGGACCUGUACGACCUGAUGCCCGAUGUGGAGUCCAAGCAGCUCAAUCUCACCUACCCCUUCAUGCUCAACCCAAACACCUUCGAGCCUCUCCUCUUCUCACACUACAUGGGCGGCGUCAACGUCACCGACUACAACGUCAUGGAGAGUGCCAAGGCUCUGUCCAUCUUCUACUGGCUCAAGAACAACAACAAAAAUGAAGACCUUGAGGCGGCUCGUUGGGAGGAGGAGUUGCUGAAGGCCAUGGAAGAUUUGGAGUUCGAGACCAUCACCGUGGCGCGCUUCGUCUCCCACACGCUGGAGACGGAGCUGGAGAACAACACGAACUCUGUGGUGCCCUUCUUCGGUGUCACCAUCACCAUCAUGCUUCUGUUCAGCAUCGGUUCCGUCAUGAUGGGCGACUGGGUGCGCACCAAACCCUGGCUGGGCUUUAUCGGAGUGCUCUCGGCUGCGCUCUCCUGUUGCGCCGCCUUCGGGUUCCUCAUAUACUUGGGAGUGGAGUUUAUCGGGAUCAACAUGGCGGCACCCUUCCUUAUGCUCGGCAUAGGUAUAGACGACACCUUCGUGAUGUUGGCUGCCUGGCGCCGUACGAAGAUUCAGGACUCGGUGCCCGACAGGAUGGCGCAGACCUUCGCCGAUGCCGCCGUCAGCGUGACUAUCACCUCUCUCACAGACAUGAUUUCAUUCUUCAUCGGCGCCAUCACGCCUUUCCCCUGCGUCCAAAUCUUCUGCCUGUACACAGGAACGGCGGUGCUGACGACUUACCUGUGGCACAUCACGUUCUUCGGCGGCUGCAUGGCACUCUCAGGGUACAUGGAGAAGGGACAGAGGCACGGCUUUACCUGUCAAAAAGUCAAGGCCAAAUCUGAAGCAGUGAAUGAGAGCUACUGUUACCGGGUGUUCUGCACGGGUGGCAUCAGCGAGCAGGAUCCACACAACCCGAUGGACAACAAACCUCACGCCCUCAUGGCCUUCUUCAGGGACUACGUGGCUCGCUUCCUAAACAUCCCGGCCAUUAAAGCACUGGUGGUGAUGGUGUUCUUGAUCUAUCUGCUGGUGGCCUGCUGGGGCUGCACCAUGGUCAAGGAAGGGCUGGAGCGACGCAGACUUUCGCGAGAUGAUUCCUAUUCCGUCGAUUUUUAUGACCGCGAGGACAUGUAUUUCAGAGAGUUUCCUUACAGAAUACAGGUCGUCAUCACCGGGGAUGUGAACUACAGUGACCCUGAGACGCAGAGAGGACUGAUGGAGUUGCACCAACAAUUCGAGAACAUGUCUUACAUCGUGGGUGGCCCGAUAUACACCGAGUCGUGGAUCACUCACUGGUUCAGCUUCCUUGACAGAAACAUGGAGUACCUGGGACUGAACGUGACCACUGAGGAGGAUUUCAUUGACAGCUUGAGAGAGAUCUAUCUAGCCGGAGAGGCCAAUCCGUACGCUCUAGAUGUGACCUUCAAUGAGGACUUCACCCGCAUCGUGGCAUCGCGUUUCAUCAUUCAGACUUACCAGAUCAAGGACGCCAAUGCGGACAAGGACAUGAUGGAGGAGUUGAGGAAGGUUGCCUUCGAGUCCAAGUUCAACGUGACUGUUUUCAAUCCCUUCUUCAUCUUCUUCGAUCAGUACGUGCUGGUGCGGACCACUAGUAUCCAGGCCAUCAGCUUGGCGGCGGCCGUCAUGAUGGUGGUGUCGCUCAUCUUCAUCCCCAACCCGCUGUGCUCGCUUUGGGUCGCUUUCUCCAUCGUGUCCAUCGAGAUUGGCGUCGUGGGCUACAUGACUCUGUGGAAUGUCAACCUGGACUCCAUAUCCAUGAUUAACCUCAUCAUGUGUAUUGGCUUCAGCGUGGACUUCUCGGCUCAUAUCUCCUAUGCUUACCUGGCGGCCAAGGUGGACACGCCCGAGGAGCGCGUGCGCGAGUGUCUCUACGCCCUGGGCUUGCCCAUCGUACAGGGCGGCCUGUCCACCAUUCUGGGCAUAACUGCACUCAUCCUUGCUCCAUCCUACAUAUUCAUCACCUUCUUCAAGACUGUCUUCCUUGUCAUCUUCUUCGGCGCCAUGCACGGUAUUUUCCUCCUGCCGGUGCUGCUGUCCCUCAUGGGCCCUGGCUCAUGCACCAGGAAGAAGAAGGAGAUAUCUCCGCUCUCCAGGAACCAUGCUCAUCCAUUUUAUGUGCACGGCAACGACCUGACUCCUGUGGACCCCAGAGACCCAAGUGGCCUAAAGAUCCCUCGCCCUCACAGCGGUCUCCCGGCGCUCAAUGGCGUGGUGCCUGACGUGUCCGGCAGCCGAGUGCGUCCCGGCACCAUGGUGCCCCCCGGCGCUUCCAUCAAGGAUGACGGACACAGUCUGGAGAAAGACCUGGGUCUAGGCACAUCCGGAGAGGAAUCUAGUGAGUCCAGCCUAAGCAAGGGUGUCACCUCGCGACGUGGCGGCCCUGACCUUGUGCCUGGUAGCGGCGGUCGGAAGAGCCUGCCCAUUAUGGAGGUGUACAGCAACAACGGCUACGUCAGCGACGAUCUGGAGGCGGAGGAGCGGAGAGCCCAGGAGAUGAGGGCCCAAGAGCGGAGGCUGGACCGAUACGGCGAGUGGGAAGACCCGCGCCAGAGUCUUCCCAGCCAUCGCCCUGCCCACCACGGCCCCUCCCACCCAGCCGGCCGUCGCUCCAGCUCCUCCCGCCCCCGCAGCCAGGACCGCUCCCACCCCUUAGACGCGCGGGAGAGGAGUGAGCGCCGGGGAUCCUCGGCGACAAGACACGGGUCCCGCGCCUCACAGGAGCCUCGGGGCCGCUACCGUGACCACCACUAGUGGCGCCGCGUGGGUGCCGUGUGCCAUGGGCCUGUACAGUGUACAUAGUGUAGUGUGAAAGGACAGGUCCAGCGGGACCCGCCCAGGCCCUCCUCCAUCCUUUCCUGAGGUACUGAGCCGCUCCCUAGGCGGUGCCAUCCUGCCAUCCUGCCAAAUUGUUAGUUUUCCGUUAAGGUUGUCAUUCCUUUCAGUGGUGUGCGGGCCUUGCAGCGAGGCUUGUGUGGCGAGUGCUGGGUGGCUGGGUGUGCCACCGCGGCGUCGCACCAUUCACCGCCGCCUACUUCAUUUCAGGGAAAAGUUUAUCAAUCGACGCGAUCCAUCGACGAAGACUGACGCUCGUUGCCGGCAAUGGCAGCGUGUGUUUCUCACUGUCUGGACCCAGCCACGCCCACGGCGGGCUGUGUGUACGUGUACACCUACGCGUGCACACGUGCACAGCAAUCCGCGUGGAGGUGCACGCCUGUGCAUUUUAAUUUUAUCGAAACUCCAAAUACACGGUCAGGUCUGCCUGGCCAAGCUCACAAAUAACUAGUUUGAUCCUCGUAAACUGUAUCAGUUACACGAUGUCUGUGCUGAAUGCCGAGCGCGAUGGCGGCCUUUAAAAAUCUUAAAAAGAACACUAAAAGCUUAUAGUUUUAAUAUUUUAAUACUCCAAUUUUAUAAUGUAUAAUAUCUAUUAAGAUUUUAUUUCAUUCGUAAUUUUAAUGUCAUAAUAUUUGUGGUAGUGCUCAUGUAUUGUUUUCGUACCUACGUGUGUGCCUGUAUGUAUGCAUGUAUGUAAGUAUGAAUGUAUGUAUAGGUAUGAAUUUUGUAUGUAUGUCUGUGUGUUUGUAGUAUAUAUGCAGUGAGAGGCUGGCCCACCACCGUCACGCCACCACCACCCUCGGCGCCUCCGCCAGCGACUUGUUUCCACGCGAGUACAAAGACAUUUCGUUACAACGACUUCAUUGUGUUGAGUUGGAGUGGCGGGGCGGCCUGGCGGGGCUGGCGAGGGUUGCAGGCUCGUGACGCCGCCGCCCCGCCGUCCUGCUCCGCCCAGCCGCCUUCCUUUUGAUCAGAAAACACGGCGAGACUGGCAGAGAUUAGCCUCACAAAAUUCAGUAUUAUUAAGCUCUUCUACGUGUUUUUGUAUCAUUGUCACUAAUAAAAUGUUUUGACA